UGAAGGUUCUCCAUUUUCCCGCGUAAAAAUUGAAGUACACGAAGCGCUUCAAAAUGGCGGGUUCGUUUCAAUACAAUUCUGUGGACAACGCCGUAGGAAAACUCUCAAAAAUACAAGAAUAUCUCGACCUUGGCUACUCGACGGCACUGGAAAUCGCCCUUGACAUAGAAGAAAGCAAUUCGACGGGCGAAUCGUCUCCCGAAGUCGAGAAUUUAAAAAAGGUCACGUUGGAAUAUGCUCAAAUGGAGCAAGAAUUAAACCAAUGGUUAAACGCCGCUGAAAUGACUAAGGCGGCCUUCCAAAAGGAAUACAAAAAUGUUAAAGAGUAUGUGUUUUGGAGUAGUUUUUGCCCCCCCCCCCCUGCCAUACCAAAUUAUCAAUGAAUAACCCAUUAAGUUGCAAUGUGCCCCAAUGCACCCCCAUAGUGGAAAGUACGCUUUGGCUGCGGCAGGAGACUGCCGCAGUUGACAAGACCAUGUAUUCUAUCCUGCCGCAAUGCCAAAAAUAUUCUGCCGCAGGUAAAAAUUCAUGACUACACGCAAUACCGCUGACCACUAAACAGGAAACAUUGAAGCCUUCACUCUUUAAAAAAAGAUGUGAUAUUAAAAUCAACGCAGCUUUUUUGUCGAAUAAUGAAUACAUCUUAAGAUGUGUUGAUACAACACACAUUUUCAACAUUUACUAUUUCUGCCGCACUUUGCCUGCCGCAGGAGAUCUCCCGUUAAAGUGCCCAACUUUCCACUAUGGAUGCACCCUAGUUUAUUUAUAUUAUUGUUAGUGAUUAACUGAUUGUGCUCAGAAACUACAGAUUAUUCAUCCAACAAUCUACCCGAUAUUGAUUUUAUAAUGACGUCAUAAUGUCACUUUGUGUGUGUGUUGUAGUGUUACUCUGAGUGUGCAUCCACACCGGGCAAGCUGAAAUUAAGUUUGCCUGAUCACGGUGGGAAUCUAACCUGCGACCUUUGGGAUACUAGUCCAAUGCUCUACCAACUGAGCUACAAGGUCAGGUCGGUUCGAGCAUAUUAGUCUGAGUACAUAACACCAACUCACUUCUAGGGAUGAGCCGAUUAAUCGGUAAAUAAUCGGCAAAGCCAAUUAAUCGGCCGUUUUUUAAAUAAUCGGUAAUCGUCCGAUUAUUGCCUGAUAAUCGGCAAACAAUCGGCCAUAAGACUUUUUCUGCUGCUGCCAGUCACAUGCUAAAAUACUGAAUACAAGCGAAUAGAUUUUCACAUUUUGUUGCAAAACCUGUGUCUUUUGUCUCAAGCGAAGUGAAGCUGGGAACAUUUCCACUAAAAAAAAUGCAACAAACUAGCUCCGCAUAGCUGACCAUGUCUUGUUUUUGCAGCAUAAUCUGCCAAAACUAAACUUUGACUAUUGACAUGCGAGACUGAAGCUGUUUUCAAUUGUACAUAGUGUGUACUGUAAACAAUAAAACCGCAUUUACAACUUCAUUGUUGGUCAUCUUGUGAUUUUUCGCUUGCUUUUUAAAAUAAUCGGUGGGUACCGAUUAAUCGGCCGAUUAGUUACAAUAAUCGGCUUAUAAAUAAUCGGCCUCAGUAAUCGGCAAUUUUCCUUAUCGGCUCAUCCCUACUCACUUCAAUCACCAAUUAUUUUACCCAGUUAAAGGACGACAUGGCAAACUUAUUUUGAAAAUCUCUUUGUAACAGGACUUCCAUUUAAGAGGGGAAUAAAAAUUCAGCAGGUCUGCAACUCAAAUUUAGUGCUGGGGGGGGGGGGAAGAGACCCCAAGAAAAAUGUCCCCCCAAUAACACACAAAAUCUAUAGGGGCAGUAAGGGGUUGAUAUACUGUGAUAUAUGGUAAUGGUUGAUCUAUUUCUUAAAGUCACAGUGUUCCAAGCAUUGAAGACAUUCUAAUGAGUAAACUUAACGAAACAGACACGACCGAGAAUGACCUCCAAAAGCACCCUAAAGCCAAGGAGUUUAUAAAGCAAGUUUGGAAUGUUAAUCAUGGCGGCCAACCUUUACCUACAGAUCAGAAUGAAACUAUUGAUUCAGAUAUUAUAAUUGCUCAGGUUUGUGUUAGGAACUGUUCAUUUAACCCAUUAAGCUAAAAUUAGCUUGUUCAAGUUUUAGAUGAUGCUCUCCCAAAAAAUUAUAUUGGUCAGAGAACUGUUUGACAAAAUGUUUGAUGACUUUGGGUCGAACAUAUGUAUUGUGAUAUCCGAUGACUUUGAGUUCAGGUUGGCUUGGAAAUAAGUAUGAAUUCAAAUUAAUAUCAGUACAAUUUAGGAAAGCCAUUUGAAUCUUGGCAAUGAAUUUCCGAAUCCCACGGUGAAAACACUGCACUUGAUUACACAUUUCACUGUUCACAAGCCUCUAGUCCUGGACUAGGGUAAAUUUUGAUUACAUUGGACAAAGUUGCAGUUAGGUCGGACACCAAUUCACUUAGGUCGGACAGAAUGUCCACAGGUUUUCUCUCUACAUUGGACAAUUUCACAAAUGUGUCGGACAUUGUCUGUGACCGACCAAGAUUUUAAGGCGUGGUGUAGUGGGAAUCAAACCAGUGAUCUCUGGUUUGUUAGUCCAAGACUAAACCAACUGAGCCAAACUUUGUUUCAUGUUUUAUAGGCUUCAGAAGAAUCCAUAAUCUGUCCACUAACCCAGAAACAGAUGGUUGAACCAGUGAGAAGUAAGAAAUGUCAACACAGUUACGAGAAGGCGGGAAUCAUUCACCACAUUCGAGCAAGACAGAACCGAGUUCGCUGUCCUGUGGCUGGUUGUGCACAUUAUGUCGUAGAAGCUGAUCUCGAACCCAACUCAAGCCUUGCAUUCCGUAUAAAAAGACUACAGAGGAAACAGUAAAAUUGUGCAAUAAAGUGUUAGCAGAAACAGAGGAAGCUAGCUAGUGCAUUGUUUUACAAUGUGAACUUACUAACUUAGUACUUUAAAGUGUUUUGUUUUGAAAACGUGGACUGGUCACUUUGCACAAGCACUGACAUCAUUACGGAGACAAGCCAAACAAGUUUUUAAGGGCGGACCAUUCGAAGGAAAACAAAAGAAAAAUACCUUUUAAAAAAUUCUACAAGAAAUUCCAGAACAAGCAGACAAUUCAUGCAACCUAACAAUCCCCCUCUUUUUAAAGACUACAGUAUAUAUACUGUUACCUAAUACUGUACAAUCUUGAAAAUGGAUGGUAUUAAAUCCAAUUUAUACUGGCUUACAUGUAGUUUUGUGAUAAUGGUACCAUAUAAAAUAUAAGAUUCAGUGAUAAAAGCGAGCACAAAAACUUUAAUCUUCAAACAAUCAGUGACUUCUACUGUUUGAGCUACUAGUAGGGGGGUAUUAAACAUUUUCAUUACAUUAACUGUAAUUAUAUUCAUUUAGAGUAACAGACAGUUGUUAAAGAUAAUAUAUGCAGUAUUAUAUAUAUAGUUUAAAUGUUUAAUUAUAUUAAAUUAAAGUUGUUCUGUUAUGUUGGUAAUAAAUACAUUAAUUCAUAGAAUUGUACUCUUCUAGUAUCAAUGCAAGUUGUGUUUUUUUGUAUGACAACUGCAUUUUCAGCUCUUUAAUGCAGAAAAUAUAAUAUAACAGUGGACUCUUAAUAAUGCAGAAUCUUUCGCGGAUUUAAACGUGUCUAUAAACUACCUCGAAAGUUUAAAAAUACUUCGCAACAGCUUGUAGCAAACUUCACAACAAGUUGUAACGAUGCUGUUAGUUUGUCAAGUUGUUACAAGAUUGUCACUCACAAGUUGUUGAAAUGCAGGAUGAUAACAAGCUGUUGGAAUAACUUUAUAACAAAUCUGUCCAUGAGACAGCGUGUCAACAAGAUAUGUUCGCAACAAGAUAUGUUCGCACUGGUUGUUUUCAGUUGUAAUGGACGACUUGCGCUUUAGACUAAAUUUUAAUCUAAGUAAGAACAACGAAAUCUAUCACCACAGCUAGAAAGAGCGUCUUGGAAUUAGUAAUAUUACAAAGUUUGGUUGCGAAAUGUUGUAAAAUACGGAAAAUAUAGCCCUUCAAAGUUGGCAAAUUUGUAUACUUUUGUAUUACGUGCGUGAAUUGGUAACUAAAUUAGUUACCAACUAUUUCCGCACGUAAUAGAAAUGUAUACAAAUUUGCCAACUUCGCAGGGCUAUAUUUUCCGUAUUUUACAACAUUUCGCCACCAAACUUUGCAGUUUUUCUAAUUUUGAUAACUUCUUUCCGAAAAUAUCCUUUGUUAUUCCCAGAUUAAAUUUUUUUCUAAAGCGCAAGUCGUCCAAUGACAAGCUCAUAGCAACAUUUACGAACAGCCUGUGUUAGUCUCGUUAGAACAACUUGUAGCAAAUCUGUUACCGUCAUCAACCUUGAUGGUGAUAACAACACUUGUUCCAAACUUGUCACAACAACUGGGAACAAGCAGUGCGAACACAUCUUCAGUUGAUAUCGGUUUGACAACAACCUUGUUACAACUUGUUUGCAGAUCUGUAAAGCCUAGUUCUCAUUCAUCGUAAACCGUCGGCGACGGGAGCUUUGCGACGUCGGCGACGGCUUGCGAUUUAUGAGAACGCAUCAAAAAUUAUAUCGCCGAUUGUCCCUAAUCGUCGCCGACCAUCGGCGAUGACAUCGCAGGAAACAAAAAAGUUUGUUUCUUGCGACCAUCGCCGACUGCCACCUGCUUGAAAAAUCUAUGAGAAAUGAGUAAAAGUUGUUUUUUCCUCAACAAGCAAGGAAAUAAUCAAGUGAAGUUUCACAGAAAUCAUGUACUUUACGUUGAAUGGGCCCAUUUUGUGCCUUGGUGGGAAAUUUCGAAACACAUUGGCUGUCAUCUGCGACGAUCACCGAUGUAUGAGAACUUUCGUGCAUUCGCGCUCGGCGAGUAUCGGCGAUAAGCGUCGCCGAUCGUCGGUAACAGUUUGCGAUGAAUGAGAACUAGGCUUAACAACUUGCGCGUUUUUACGUGUGUACAGACAUUCCAACUAGGGAGACUGUUCAGUGAAUUGAAAUCUAGUUCUUCUGGGGAAAAAUAAUAAAAAUUAAGUCUUUUGAAAUGGCGUUUCCUGCACAUGGGACUAUGUUGUUAUAAAUGAUCCUAUAAAUUGCCAUAAAGUAACUUCAAAAAAGGUCCGAGACAGACUAUUAUGUUGCUAAAAACAGUAUAUUUAUAUUUUUUUUUAUGAUAUUUCCUGAAUAUUCUGAAAAAUCGAGAGACCGGGAGAUUGCAUGAAUUUUCGGGAGACUCCCGGUAAAAUCGGGAGAGUUGGAAUGUCUGACUGUGUACAAGUCAGUCGAGCCAACAACCUUGUAGCAAGUUGUCAAUAAGCCGUUGAAAACUUGCCAAUAUAAAGCUGCGGACAAGAAGUGCGAACACAUCGUGUUGACAAGUUGUUGGAACAGCAUUGCUACAAGUCAGAAGUCUGUUACAACUUGUGCGUGUUUUUACAUGUGUAGUAUUAGUAGUACAUUAACUUCGUUGCUGGCUAUACGAAGAUAGUGAUUUUUUAAAGCUUAAUUGGUGUACUCCAAAGUCCAGUUAACGUUCAGUAAAUAUAGCUUAUUAUUGUGAACUUCUCAUCCGUAGUUUCACAGCUUAUUCGACAUGUUACAACGAUAUAUUGUUCCAACAUUUGUUUCUCGAACGAAACUUUACGACUUUUAACUACAGUAUACAACGCUUGAUAACAUCACAUUUUUCAGGCUUAGUUUUGUGGAAUCAGGCGUUUUCGGUUAGCGUCGACGACAACUGAGCUCGCGAGAAAGUCAUAAGGUGUCCGAAAGUUCUGCAAGAACAUAGUGGUAAAUAUGAUGGGAAAGAAAAAUGUAAUCAUGAAAUUCUUCAGCGUAGCUCGAACACACGAC